AUGUGGUGCAGCAAGAGGAUCAUGUUCGCUUGUGUGCUUCUGCACGCGGAGGCCUCCUCCUUCUCCUCCUCCUCCUCCUCCUCCUCCUCCUACCUCAAUUUCUCUCUCCUCUUCCAGCAGGUGGCGCUGACGAGGAUCCUUCGCAAGCUCUGGCAGGCUCCCUCAAGCUCCCUGCUUGAGCUCGUCGUUGCCGUGUGGUACAUCCGAGCACGAGGAUGCGGGGGGAGCACAGACACUUGGUGCUCCCUCCCCGUCAUCUCGCUGUGUGCUGGUUGGAUCCUCAGCCGCUGCUCCGACUGUCUCUCCAAGUCCUCCUUUGCCCUGGUCCUCGCCGUCACCUCUUGGACAGACGUCAAGCAAAGGUCCGCACAAGCUCGUCGCAUCCUCCAGCUCCUUGUCCUCGGGCUUCCCUUCGCCGCCGCCAUCCUGCUAGUUUCCUCCUUCUUGUCUGCCCCUCUCCUCCCUGUGCUCGGAGUGCCUCUCUUCCUCAUCGGCUUUCCCCGCCCUCGCAGGCACUGGCCGCAGACAGCCUCCUUCUCCUCUUCCUCCUUCGAUGCCGCCUACUACCAGCAGCUCGUCCCUUCCCUCUCAUCCUCCCUGCUCCGAGCACUGCGCCAGGGCUCGCUGGGCUUCGGGUGGGCGGGAGACGAAAUGCUGCUGGUGAGGAGGGAGGGGAUGCUUCUGUUCGUGCAACUGCUGGAGCAGGGGAGCGACUACGUUCACUUCCUCUUCAAGGGGCUCGAGUUUCAAGAGACAAGCUGCCAUCACGUGGAGGCAGGCGCAGUGGAGGAGGCGAUGAACGAGGCUUUGCAGGACUCCUCCUCCUCCUCCUCCUCCUCCUCCUCUCUUCGACAACUCAUCGGCAAACGGCUCAUGACGGCCAUAGUCCCCGUCUGCAUCCUGCCGGUCGAGCUCUACUCCAUAGGCGACAUCCAGCUGACUGGUGUCAUCGACCGACCUGAGAACUCCUCAGCUCUGGCCCAGCUAUUCUCCUCUGCCCUCACUUGGCUCCUUCACCUCCGCCUCUCGCAUGGCCUUCCAUCCUCAUGGUUUGACUUCCACCAGCUGGAGGAUCUGCUGGGUAUGCCUCUUGACCAGUGCGAGUUUGAUAGUUUCGACGACGAGUGGGCGAAGUAUGUUGGGAUGGGAGGAGGAGGAGGAGGGGGAGGAGGAGGAGGCGAGCGGGGUGUGGGGAGAAAGGAGGAGCCGGCGAAGAGAUCUACAUUACAAGAGCAGCAGACAGACGGGGGCAACGCGCAGCCGUUCAACGAAUUCGAAGUUUCGCAUCCAACGACACUCAUAGCGGAUUCAGGGAGCAUCAAAACCAAGGCUUCGCUUCCGGUACUGGAGCUGGAGGAGGAGGAGGACCUCGAGGACUUCAUUGACAAGCUCACGGUGUCUGCAAAGGAUUUCGGGCAGGGAGAGCAGCACGUGAAGGAUCGCGAGGAGCUGGUGGUGGAGACAAGCACAAGUUGCUCGGGCGUCAAAUUCGGCAGCGCAGAGCAGGAGAAGGAACAGGGGAGGUCGACCUCUCUUGUCAAGUACACCAACACAGAGAACAGCAAGCUCUUGCUCUCCCUGCGCAGACUGCACGCUGCCUGCUGGGGUGUUGUGGAGGAGUGGGGGCACACGACAUCUUCGAGCGGGCCGGACCACGUAGUCAGCCUCUUCCAGGAGCAGUUACCGUCCUCCCUGCACGCGAGGUGGCUCGAGGAGCGGCAUGACCUCAAGAAGCUCGUCCUCCAGGCUUACAAGUACGCGUUCAAGUUCGUAUACGACAUGAGCGUCUACGGCCUUGAGAGGAGCCACGAGGAGCUGCGAGACGCGUUCAACUCCUACGACAACGAGUGGCAGCUGGGCUCUGAGUCCAGCGCAGACUGGGCAGAGGCCGUGGAGAAGAGGACCCCGAACCUCAUGGCUGUCUUCAAGGACCAGGGGACCUACCGAGCUCGCGUUGCCACCCUGAUGAAGUCGGAGAUGCAGGUGGCCAGGCUCAACGGGGAGAGCGUCCGCGGCUUGUGGUCGGCUCUCAACAUGGAGCUGCUCUACUUUGCCAACGACGACGAUGAGAGAUACUCGAUCCAGGCACCGGGAGCGAUGUAG